AUGGGACGGAAGCUGGACGUUCUGCUGGGGAGGAGGAGUUCGAGGCAGAUGCCCAUGCUGAAGUCCCUGUUGAGCCUCACCGUCUGCCGCCUCGCCGUGCUCCGCAACCGCCGCCAGGCCCGAUGCGACCAGGCACGGGAAGACGUUGCUCAGCUCCUCCAGCUCGGCCAUGUCGACAGCGCCCUCCUCCGCGUGGAGUAUGUGAUCAAGGAGCAGAACAUAUUGGACGCGUUCGCCAUGGUAGAACACUACUGUCAUCUUCUGGGUGAGAGGGCCGUCCUCCUGGAUCACAGGGAGUGCCCGGAGGAGCUGCGGGAGGCGAUCGCGAGCCUGAUCUUUGCCGCGUCGAGAUGCGCGGAGUUACCGGAGCUGCACGAGGUCCGAGGCAUCUUUUCCUCCAAAUAUGGGAAGGAAUUCGUGUGUGCCGCUCUCGAGCUGCGUAACGACUGUUGUGUCAAUGCCAAGAUGAUUCAGAAGCUGUCGACCGCGCAGCCAAGCCUGGAGAUCAGACAGAGGGUGACGAAGGAGAUCGCCGCCGAGAAAGGCCACAAACUGGGAUGUUAUGAUCCCUCUUCUGAUGUUGCAGAGGGAGAGCCCGUCGUGAAACCACCGGUGGAUUUCAUUCAGGAUCAGUUCUUACCAGAUGAGAAUCUUUGGCCGAGGAGCCACAGCCAUCACAAGUAUAACGAUGCGGCUGGGGCAGCACAGGCGGCUUUUGAAUCAGCUGCCUAUGCUGCGGCAGCUGCAAGGGCUGCAGUGGAGCUUUGCCGAUCGGAGUCCCAAGGAAAAGGCUCCGAUGACGAGAACAAAGCUGGUAGCCACAAGACAAGUGCGAUCAAGGAAGCUAAGACGGCCAAAGCAGAGACUUCUGCGGGCGCUUACGGUUCAGAUGCAGAAGAGGGGACAAAAGCAAAACAGAAAGAUUUGCUUCGAGAAGAAAGAUAUAGGGAGAAGUGCUUCAAGCAGCGAAGGAGGCUAUCUUCUUCGAGCUCUGACUCCAGUGAUGAGGAAGAUAAUAUGAGUUGGAAUGCGCAACACUCAGCAGGAAUCAAUAUAAAGAAUAUUUUGUUUGAUGAAAGUGGUCAUGAGAUAGGCAGGAACGAGACAGGGAGACGCGGGAGUUUAGCAAGAAGAACAUUAUAUGUUGUUGGCAACGAGCAGCCGAGUCGCCGAGGGAACAAUGGGCACGAAGGCUCAGAGCAGAGGCAGUUCGCUGCAUCUUUAGAAGACAAGCACGGAGAAGAAUACGACUUGCUUCCUCCUGCCUACCGCAGAGGAAAAGAAAUAAGGUCCGGUGAGAAGAACAUCAAUUCAUUGCAUGAAGAGACAAACAAGGUGGGACUCAGAUCGGGAACCUUGGGCAAUAAUGCAAUGUAUAAUAAUGCAGAGAACGCAUACCUGGAUUCUGUAGAAUUGCGCCGACUGCAUUAGAGUUCAGGAAAGGAACCCAUCUCAGUGAGGACAAGAUGACUUUAGGGGGCAAACAAUAAACUCUUUUCCUUGUUUAGACGAAUUGAAACAUGCAAAAUGAGAUUUUGGCUGUCUCA